UCAAUAGAGAAAGGAACUCCAUGUGCCCAUAUAGAGCCUACUAUAAAAUAGUCCAUUACAUUUAGAACUAUAUCCAGAUCUAGAUCUAUAAGUUAUUGUAAAGAAACACAGAUCUAGAGCAAGUAAGAAAGAAAAUAACCAAAUCCUCGGCAAUGCCUGACAAAAACAUGUUUUCAAUUUUAAAAGUUAUAUUGUUUCGACAUAGAUCUUAUAAAGAUCUUGUUACUCAGCGAAUUACUGUACUCAGUCAACUCAGUGUACAGCGUAGAUCUAUCAACAAUAGAUCUAGAUCCAUUGAUCUCGUCUAUCUAGAUCUAGCUGUCAUCUUUCACAUUAUUCGAGUCUCUUGUAGUAUAGAACUACUCAGCCGUCUCAGCACUCGACACAAUUGUUUAUCAUGUCAGACAAUCCACAAAUUUGUUCGUCAAAUACAGAAGGUCUGAUUUUGUCAUCAUUUGAAGUACUCCAGGACAGUUUAUCUCAGGGUAAUUUAAGGCAGAUGAAGCUAAAGAAUGCUUACAGUACUGGCAUUGAUGACAGACUAUCUUCUAGAAGUUCACAGUAUAAGCAGUCUUGCUUACCUGAUGAUUCUCAUCCCCCUCACAUGAGUACUCACCCUUGUGUCACUGAAACAAAUGAAGGAGAUGAGAUGUUUGAUGUCACAGAUCAGUUUAGAGCAGAUGAAGCUGGAGACUCUUUGGAUAACGACACCAACAACAACUCCUUGGACAGGGAUGAUGAAGGUGAUGAUGAGGAGGAAGAAGAUGAGGAAGAGGAUGAAGUGCACAAUGUAGUGAGACAGAAUGAUGGCCAGCGUUUGGUGUCAACUGCUCAAGAUUUAACAAGUAGCGUGGAAACAAGCCAGCAAGAGACUGCACCCAGUAACCUCAGAGUCCAUCAUCAUCCAAAAGAGGCAUAUACUUCACAUGGUUCUAAUCUACCUGCACAUAACUUUAUCAAUUCUUCUAGAGCUCUCUGGCAUUCUGGCCCCACCACUCCCAACAAUACAGCCAGAUACUCUGGAGAUUGGCAUUUACCAUUAAACACGAGUGCAGGGGAGAGAAGGACAGAUGUGUUUUCUGGAUCAUCCUCUCCUGAUGAGAGUAGGGACAGAGGCUGUGAAGAACAACAUUGGAAGUUUGUACAUGGACAAACUGAAGAGCAGCAUGCUCACUGGGUACCAGAUCAUGGUCAAGGGAAAGUUGUGGUUGGACCAGUCAGUUCUAAUUGGGUAGGUUCUAAAAGGGAAAGAGCCCAAGAUCAAACACAUGACUUACAUGCGAUUCAUGGACACUCUAGUAUGGACCGAUCUUCACAUUGGAACCAACAUAUAAGGACUGCCCAAGCUGACAUACACACAUGGCCUAAAGGUAGUGUGUAUGCACCAGACUCAGAAAUGAAUAAUGUGAGAAGUUUAUUUACUGUCCAGCCCUCACAGUCUGUUUUGGCCACACCCUCAGCGAGCACUUCAUACACUGAUAUUGAUCCAGCUCGAACUGGGUCAUGGAACCUGAAUACUCAUAUUCCUGCAGCACAAUCUCUUGGUAACUUACCUCGCCCUCUAUUGGCUCAUGAAAUGUCUUGCCGUAGAGCUAGUACAUCUGGAAUUUAUCAGCAGACUCCUUCUCAGAGUUUCACUGGUUUUCCAGGACAAGCUAGAGCUGAUUGGUCUGCAUCAGCAUUGAGUCCAGGUCCAUCAGGUUUAACUACAGAGUUACCAUCAGAACAUUAUAAACUUGGAGGUGUUGAAAGAGGUCCAGUGUGCAAAAGUUCAAUAAUAUCUAAGCGGGGUAAAGGUCGAGGCAUCAGAGGGGAGUCAACUGUUGAGGGCCACCCUCCCACCACACAUCGUCCAGCUCUGGAUCAGGUUCGUCAACAAGCACAUCCUUACCAGAUUAAGGAUCAGAAGAAAGUGGUCAGAGAUGUGUAUCCUGCUACUUCAGCUAAUGUCCAUACUUUGAAAGCCUCUCAUAUUGUGUCUUGGUACAUUGAUUAUCUGAUACAUGAGAAUGAACAUUUGACACAGAUUUCUAGAGCUUUUUCCCUACCAGUGAAUCUAUUCCAUUCUGAUGAUUUCUAUUUCAUGGACAGUUUGAAGAAGAAGGUCCAUUUUCCCAGUCUGAAGUUUUUGUCUUGGAUGCAACAAAAUCUACCCAGUAUUAAUGUGAAUGCUAUAGAUUUUCAUGAGGGAAGGCCACCAGUUAUAUCUACAUGGAAUCAAGACUGGUUCUGGCAAAACAAAUCAAGGCGAGAUAUUAUUCAUGAUGUGUUCUUCUACUUUCAACAUCGCCGUGUUACUUGUGACAACUAGAGUGGCUAAAGCUGGAAAAAAUAAUGAUUGGAACUAAAUGUAAUGUUAUUGUCUCUUCACUGUGAUAAUGUUUUUGCAAUCAUCUGGGACAUCACAUGAUGCCUUAACAUUGUGAUUGUUUAUGUUGAAUCAUCAUUCCCUCUGUAUACUUGAUACUGUGAUCAUUUAUGUGAAAUCAUCAACAUGAGGGAAACAUUCAUUGAAAAUUGUAUCAACAUGUGUCUUUGUUUUAAAAUCAUUUUUUUUUCUUGAAAAUUUCUAGAUACUAUGAUUGACACUAAUUGUUAAAUCAACCUUUGAUCUAAUAAUUUAACACUAAGAUGUUAUUAAAUCAUCCUUUACCACUGUGAUAAUAUUAAAUCAUCCUUUACUCUACAUACAUUAACACUGACAUUUAAUGUUGAAUACUCUACAUACUUUGACACCUCCCAUUAUGUUAAAUCAUUCUUCAAUCUACAUACUUUGAAACUGUGAUUAUGUUACAUCAUCUUUCACUCUACAUAAUUGAACACUGUGAUUGUUUAGGUUCAAUGAAUGUAAGAUAUUCCAAUAUUGUUUUGCUUCAUGAUGUAUGUUAUUCUGUUUAAAUCACUAUUUGUUUUUAUUAUGGAUGUGGAUAUCACAAUAUGAAACAAAUUCCAUUAUUUUUCUUUACAGACAUUUUUAGCUUAAGAAUAAAUUAAAUAUUUUUAGAUAUGUUGUUAUUUAUAUCAUGUCACUUGAUAUGUAUAGAAAGAUUUGUAUUUUUAUAUCAUAAUGUAUCAUAUAACAAGGUCUUGUUGCACAGCUGCAUCAAAAUUUAUUGAUGCUUUUUCAUGUAUUUGAAAAAUGUAAAGUAUAUAUAUAUAUAAUUUUAAACUGUAAUUGAAAUUGAUUAGCUGCUUUUUUUAUUUUAGUUUAAACAUUUAUUUUAAUUUUUCAACAUUUGAAAGUUAGAUUUCCUUUAUUUUUUAAAUAAAAAUUGUCUAUUU